AUGUCCAAUGGUGACGAUGUGCUGAACAACUGGGAAGAAAUUGACGAGGCAGGCCUUUGCAUGACGUUGCAAACGAAACUGCAAACCGCCAACCACAACCGGGAGUAAAUGAAAUUGCUACAGCGUCCACAGUCUCUGCAAGAAAGUAGCAGCAGCGGCGGCAGCGCGGCGGCAGCGGCAGCAUCAGCAGCGCCCAAGCAAAUAAUGAUUGCCAAAAAGCCAGCGAUAAUGGAGGCUGAUUUGACUACGGCACCUGUCAUGAUGGUAUUGCACAAGUCGGCCAGCGAGUACGAUGCAGCCAAUUAUGCCAAUCCCAUAAACAAUCAAACGGUCAAGAUAUUGCGACGACCCGCACAGGCCGAGGAGCGACGCGACUCAAAUGGUAUACGACCCAAGCAGCCUAUCAAGACGUUGCAGCAGCGGGAACAGGAAUAUGCACAGGCGCGCCUGCGCAUUCUGGGCAGUGCCAAGAACCCCGAGGACGAUAAACCUGCCACACCCACAACGCCAGUUAGCAAUGUCAGCACAACGUCUGUGAAUCCAUCAGCUCAAUGGCAAGCAGAAGUACCCUCUUAUGCUGUCAAUUUCAAUAACAAUAACAACAACAAUAACAGCGGAGUUGCAGGAGGAGUCGGCAGCAUUGGCGGCAUUGCAUCUACUGCACCUGGCAUGCACCGAUCGAGUUCGGCGCCAAAAAUGUCACAGUCAGCAACGCCAAUGUACAACUAUAACAACUACUAUCAGGCACCGCCGCCACCACCGCCGACGGCAGCAGCCAUGAGCUAUAUAUACUCAGCACCAAUGUUUCAGCACCAACGCAUGCCUCCAUAUGUUGCAGGACCAGCUGGCCAAGCAGCAGGCAGCUCAACGCCCAAUCCUCAGCAGAGCUGGUCACCGGUUGUAGGCGGUAGCGUUUCAGCCGCGUUAUUGCGCCAACAGUCAAUGCAUUCGCCCCAACAGCAACAGACGGCGGCGCCCCCGCCGCCGCCACCACAAUAUGCACAUGCUUACAAUGAUAAUGUAUUGCGGCUGCCACGUGGUCCUUGCCCCAAUGGCACCAUCGGCUUUCAGAUGCGUCGGUAA